AUGCCCACUCUUUAUCAUCAGUUUUCCUUUCCUUUCUUUCCUCUUUCCCUCCGAUUUAUUCCGCAAACAUUUAUUGACAAACAGGUUUUCCAUAUUUCCACUGAGGAAAAACCCAUGAAACUGGAAAUAGGCUAUAGCAAUAGAGCUGCAGAGCAAGGGGAACUGGCCCAAACGGACAUCAGGGCUAUGGCAGACCUUUCUGACGAGACGCUGACUGAUGAGGUACAGAGUUCCAGUGCUUUCAGCUCCUCUGGAGGACUGCCGCCCUGGUCCCAUGCCUCUGGGAGUGGAAAGACUAUGCACUUGGAGUAUCGAGACAAACAAUCUGAGCUUUCAGACUACCAAAAUAAUGAAAAGAAGUUCAGUAGAAAAUGGAUCAACUAUCACAAGGGCAAAGAAACUAACUCUGGACAAUACCAAUCAGACACUAAACUUCAAACAGAAACCACUCGGGUAUCUGAUGAAGAACUGAAUGCCCUGCAGUCUUUUUGUGCGGUUAAGAUAAACCUGAUCCACCGCAGAGCAAACUCUAAGGAGAAAAAGAGGAGCAGACACCAAAAGCCACAGCUUAGGUUGAAUGCAGAGGCUUCGGAGAAAGAUGCCUUAAACUGUACCGUCCCUGAUGAACUUUUGAAAAGAAUCUACCUAAAAAACAUGAGGACAACCCCAAAACAGGUGGCGACAGCUAAGCAACACAUUUCUUCUUGGUGUCCCCAUUGCAACAGAAAAAGAGCAGAACUGGCCCAAUCUGCCUUUCUGCGACAGAAGAAGACUUCACUGGAGUCAUUUCUACUCCAAGAGAAGAUAGACAAACACCUUUAUACCAAAGACUUUCUUACCCUUAUUGGAGAUGCACAUCAGGAGGGUUUUCCCAGGCUUUCAGAUGACCCCAGAAUAAUCUGGAAAAGACUGAAUGAGAAAAGUCAGAUCAGAUACUAUGGUUUUGAAAGGUCAGAUACAAAGCAGAUGUGGCAGACUGAAGAAAGCGCUUGUCACUCACCUUUUCUCUACUACUUGACCAAGCCACCUACUCUAUCCAAACAGGAGAUAGAGUUUACCAAUGAUAAUGUGUAA